UAUCUAGAACAACUUUUCCCAUCUCUCUCUAUUUUGUUGGUCAACCUUUGCUCAUGUCUCACUUUCUCUUUCCCUUCCAAGUCAUGUCUUCUUUGGUGGAAUGGACUUAGAAAGCAUUCUUGAUUCUUGUGCUGCUAUUGAGUGAUUUCAUCUUCAAUCUCAAAUCAAAGACUGACCCUUCAACCAAUCCGUUGACUCAAUUUGAGGCUUAAAAGGGUCAUGGAUAAUUCAAAUGAAGCAUCAUCAUCAUUGAGUUUUGUAUCAUCACACUUAUCAAAUGCUUCAAGCAAUACUCACAAUGAACAUGUGGCAAAUAUUGAAAUUGUGAGUUUGAAUAAGCUCAGUGGAAGCCUUGAGAAGCUAUUGAGUGAUGUUGUUGAUUAUGAUUACUGUGAUGCUGAGAUUGUUGUUGAAGAUAUUCCGGUCGGUAUUCAUCGAUGUAUACUGGCUUCGCGGAGUCAGUUUUUUCAUGAACUUUUUAAGAAAGGAAAAGAUGGAGAUUCGAAGGAAGGAAAGGGAAAGCCGAGUUAUCAGAUGAAAAAUUUGGUGUGUUAUGGUAGUGUUGGAUAUGAAGCUUUUGUUGUUUUUUUGCAUUAUUUGUAUACCGGAAAGUUGAAGGCUCCACCAACAGAAGUGAUGACUUGUGUUGAUGAAGCUUGUAUUCAUGAUUCGUGUCGUCCGGCUAUCGAUUAUGCGCUGGAACUUAUUUAUGCUUCUUCCACAUUUCAGAUGAAAGAGCUUGUUUUGCUUUUUCAGAGGUAUCUUCUAAAUUUUGUUGAUAAGGCGCUCGUAGAAGAUGUCAUUCCGAUCCUUGUUGCUGCUAAUCAUUGCCAACUAGAACAGCUUCUCACUCAUUGCAUUCAGAGAGUAGCGAGGUCGGACAUGGACAUCAUAUCUUUGGAAAGAGAACUUCCAUACGAAGUUAUGACCGAAAUCAAAUCUCUCAGAGUCCAAUCUCUUCCAGAAUCAACGCCCGAUGCGAUGGAAGUAGAGCCUGUGAUUGUGAACGAUAAGAGUAUAGGGAAAAUCCUUAAAGCGUUGGACUCUGAUGAUGUUGAGUUACUAAAGCUUCUUUUAGACGAAUCUAGUGUGACUCUUGACAAUGCAUACGCGCUACACUACGCUUGUGCUUAUUGCGAUUCUAAGGUCGUUCAAGAAGUUCUUACUCUAGGAUUGGCUGAUAUUCUCCUUAAGAAUCCGCGCGGAUACACGGUUCUUCACGUGGCUGCACGACGAAAGGAUCCAUCUAUUCUGUGUGCACUGUUGAAGAAAGGAGCUUGUGCAUCAGAAACCACACUUGAUGGACAAACUGCUCUUUCAAUUUGUCAGAGAUUGACGAGGCGGAAGGAUUAUAAUGCGAAGACUGUGCAGGGUAAGGAGUCUCAUAAAGACAGGCUUUGUGUUGAUGUACUUGAGAGAGAAAUGAGAAGAAAUUCUAUGUCGGUGGACAUGUCGGUUUUGUCACAGUUAACUGCUGAUGAUUUGAAUAUGAGACUGGAUUACCUUGAAAAUAGAGUUGCAUUUGCUAGGCUGUUCUUUCCUGCUGAGGCUAGGGUUGCCAUAGAGAAUGCUGAGGCCGAUUCAACACCGCUCUACGCAACUUCAUCACCUCUAAAAGGCAAUAUAAAAGAAGUAGAUCUAAAUGAAACUCCUUCUUUUAGAACAAGAAAACUCCAAUUAAGAUUACAAUCCCUUGUAAAAACAGUUGAGAAUGGUAGGCGUUUCUUUCCGCAUUGUUCGGAGGUGCUAGAUAAGUAUCUAGAAGACGAGAUGCCCGAUGUUCAUGUCCUAGAGAACGGAACCGAGGAAGAGCGAAGAACGAAGAAAGCACGGUUCAUGGAACUUAGAGACGAGGUACAGAAGGCAUUUCACAAGGAUAUGGCUGAAAAUAACCAUUCAAAUUUGUCAUCAUUGACUUCUACAACAUCCUCUUCAACAAGAAGGGAAAGUCUUAACCACAAAGUGAGGAGAAAAUGAAGUCCAUGUUGUGAUAGAAUAGUGGCUAUUUGGUAGUAUAAGUUUUGUCUUUUUGAAGUAAUGUUGCAACUUGUAUGUAUUUUUCCAAUAAGAUGCUAUAUAGAAAUCAACAUCAGAUCAUA